AUGGAUUUGCAAAGGGUUGAUGACACUGAUUUCAGUGGGGGUAGCAGAAAAAGAAUGGAGAUUGAGGUUGGUAAUUGCUCACGGUGGUCAGAACUCCCAGCUGAUCUACUUGUGGUGAUCCUGAAGCAGUUGGGGGUGAUAGAAUUCUUGUUAUUUGCUUGUGUUUGUAAGUCAUGGAGAUUCGUUGCUAUUGCAUUGAAGCAAGAAUUUAUGGCAUCUCAAAGCCCACUUGUUUUUCUCAUGCCAACAAAAGCUAGAAAGUAUGGCUACUUCUACAACAUAUUUGACAACGGACUUUACAAGGCAGGACUGCCUCACCUUGCAGGGAAUAAAUGUGUGGGAUUCACUUGUGGGUACUUGGUCUUAAGGGACUCAGAAAUGACAAAAAAGAAAGCAAAUAUAUGGCUAGUGAAUCCUUUUACAAGGCAUGAACUCAAAUUUCCAAGUCCACCUAGAAGGUAUUGUCAUGUCAUUGUGGCUUCUUUGGCCAAGUCUGAUCCAGAAUUUGUAAUUGUAGCUUUUUCCAGGUUGCACCCUUUCGUACAGUUUUGUACGUCUAGACAUGGUAACUGGACUAUCAUUGAAUAUAAUAAGGAGGAUCCUCUGGUGAUUGUAGAUGUUACUGUCUUCAAGGGUAAGAUAUAUAUCUUGAGUAGAAAUGGCCAAAUCGGGACUUUAAAUUUGAACUCUGAUCAUUUGGUGACAUAUCUGCAAGUGAGAAGUGUUUCUUGCCCCAUAGAUAAUCUGCAUUUAGUUGCUUCUCAUGAAGAGCUCUAUCUCGCUCGCUUUUAUGCAAAAGCAGGUCCUAUUAAGGUUCACAGGCUAGACUUUGUGAGGAUGGAAUGGGAGAAGGUGAAACUAAAUGGUGAAAUAUUGUUCUUGGGUGACAUGAAGUGUUGUGGCUUAAGCUUCCCAACCCCAUCCAAGGCUCGCACUAGCCAGCCCUUGAAUCGGGUCUGCUACCUGGAAGACGCACGCAUUUUAGGUGGCUACAGGGCACGGUAUGUUGCUGGAAGUACGAACGAGCAUGUGCAGGUAACUAGAAAGGAUGGGAAACCAAAGAUCUUCAUAAGUUCACCCGUAUGGUAUUUUCCUCAUUUAUCUACCAGUGUGGAUUCUGUUGAUGAGGAUUAG